UAAAUUGAUAAAAAGUUCAACUGUUGUAAUGUAUGUUUACUCAGCCGUGUGGAAACCUCUAAUAAAAUGCAGUAAAGGUAAAAAUUUACUGAUCGAAGAGGAGACAUAUAAACCACAUAAAAUGUCUGAUUAAAUGGAUGUUACGAAUAUACCGGUAAAUGCAUGUGAUCUCUCCUGUUUAAAUGAAAACAUCCCAUAUUGGUGUCGCCCAAGAAAAUUUUCUGAACAGAAGUCGAAAGUCGUCAAACGAUAGUGGAAUUCCACUUGAUUUUACACACGGAAAUGGAGAAAGACUCAUCCGUAGAUAGAAUAACACAAGCUUUAUCACGGCUUAAAUCGGACUUGGAGGAUAUACGGAAUCAAGAUGUCAAGCUUAUGAAACAACUUUUAGCCAUCAAUAGUGCCAUAACAUCUAUCACGAAUCCAAGAACGAGAAAUCCCAUUGCAAGGAGUGCUACCUUUAGUUGUUCAGGAAAGAAACGCCCAGCUCUCAAAUAUCUAAAGAAGAGAGCUCAUGAUGACGUCAUGUGUAAUCUCAGAAACCCACUGGUCCGAUAUGGAAGUGAACCUCUAGUUGUCGAUGACGAAAUAGACAACAAUGGUUCCAUGGACUCCAUGGAAGAUUUAAAUGCCGAAUCAACCCCCGUGCUUCCGUUAUCUUCGUCUUUCAACGGAAAAGGAAGUGCUAUACCACUGAUGAGUUCUCUGUUGGAGGAAGACGAACUUGAUGACGCAAAGUAUCAUGCGAUUCUCAUGAAAAAUAUAAGGCUCUGGAAGCAGUCAAAGAAAUAUUCGCAAAAUUCAAAGGCUUCAAAUUCAGAUGUAAUCGAUAAAACAUGAAUUCGAAGAAAUCAUUUGCGUGUAUUUAAAUAAAAAAA